GCUGCGUUCUCGUUUGAUUUAUACAUCGGGGUUUGGGAAUCUGAAUCAUCUCCAUCCACCAAAGGUCUCGCUUUCUUUUCUCUAGAAGCUGCUGUUGGGGAACCAAAAAGUUUAUCAGUACGCAAUUCAAGCAGAGAAAACAGUUACAACACAAUCAUCUUAGUUUUAAUGGUCUGCCUCUGUCAUGGAUUCUAGUAUGGAUCUGGAUAGUCCAAAUCCCCGGGGCACGAAACGACCAGCCGAAGACACCGAGGUUUCAUUAAAACCCAAGCGAAUCAAGGCGCUCGAUCCAGAUGUUGUGAACAAAAUCGCAGCCGGAGAGAUUAUUGUGGCGCCUAUGCAUGCUUUGAAAGAGCUUAUUGAGAAUGCUGUUGAUGCUGGCUCUACCUCUGUCGAGAUCUUGGUAAAAGACGGCGGACUUAAACUACUUCAAAUCACCGACAAUGGUCAUGGCAUAGAUCGAGAGGACCUCCCCAUUCUCUGUGAGAGAUUCACAACCUCCAAGUUAAAACAGUUUGAAGACCUUUCAUCCAUUGGUACAUACGGGUUUCGCGGUGAGGCACUGGCCAGUAUAAGCCAUAUUGCCCACCUUACCGUGACCACUAAGACCGCCGGUUCAAGCUGUGCAUGGAGGGCACAUUAUGGCGAUGGACAUCUUGUCCCUGCUAAACCAGGGCAAAGCGAAGCUCCAAAAGCUACAGCUGGACGAGGCGGAACUCAGAUCACCGUCGAGGAUCUGUUCUACAACGUUCCAACAAGACGCCGAGCCUUCCGAUCAGCGAGUGAAGAGUACGCGAAAAUCCUUGAUGUUGUCGGCCGCUACGCAGUCCACUGCGCCGGCGUCGCAUUUUCUUGUCGCAAGCAUGGGGAUUCGGGCGUGAGCAUUUCGACACCAGCUGUUGCAAAUACCACGGACCGGAUCCGCCAAAUUCACGGAAGUGCAGUCGCCAACGAACUUGUCGAAUUCAAGAUUGAGGACAACAACUUGGGAUUCCAGUCGUCGGGCCUUGUCACCAACGCAAAUUACCACGUCAAACGAACUACUAUCCUUCUCUUCAUCAACCACCGGGCCGUCGAAUCUACCGCUGUAAAGCGAGCUGUUGAACAGACCUACGCCAGCUUUUUACCAAAAGGAGGCCAUCCUUUCGUUUACAUUGACCUAGAAAUUGAACCACAGCGAGUGGAUGUCAACGUACAUCCCACAAAGCGGGAGGUGAAUUUCUUAAACGAGGACGAGAUCAUCGAAUCCAUAUGCAAUGAGAUCAGGUCAAAGUUGGCUCAAGUAGACUCAAGCCGUACCUUCUUAACACAGACACUUCUCCCAGGAGUCAGGUCUCUCGAUCCUCCAGGGCAAGACGAUGAGUCUACAGAAGCUGGCACAUCAGUCCCUAAGACACCCUCGACGACAAAAAAGCCAUACGAGCACAAUCUUGUUCGGACAGACUCUAAAGUUCGGAAGAUCACAUCCAUGCUAUCACCAGCAGUCCAUCAAGCCACAGAUGCAGAAAAUGCCUCUCCCAGCGUCCUCGAUGAAGGACUGCAAUACGAAAAGACGGGGCGGGAACCAAUUCGAAUCGCAUUAACAACCGUUAAAACCUUACGGGCCAACGUCCGUAAUACGAUGCACAACAACCUGACCGAAACGAUCGCUUCCCAUACGUAUGUCGGACUAGUCGACGAACGACGCCGCAUGGCCGCUAUACAAUCCGGCGUGAAGCUUUACCUAGUCGACUACGGGAUGUUCUGCAGCGAGUUCUUCUACCAAGUCGGCCUUACGGAUUUCGGCAAUUUCGGCGUCAUCAAGCUAGACCCAGCACCCAAACUCCUUGAUCUACUACGAAUUGCCGCGGACAACGAACGCGAGGAACACGAAUCCGAAGCCGCCCGUCAGAAAAAGAAACCGACUCGAGAACGUGAACAAGAAGCCAAAGAGAUCUUCAUCAACGCCCCGGACAUCGUCGCAAAGACGCUCAUCGAGCGCCGAGAAAUGCUCAACGAGUAUUUCUCCCUCCAGAUCUCAGAACAAGGCGACCUCCUCACAAUCCCUCUUUUACUGAAAGGAUACCUCCCUUCACUGGCCAAACUACCGCGCUUCCUCCUCCGCCUGGGCCCCUACGUCGACUGGUCAAACGAGGGCGAAUGCUUCCGCACAUUCCUCCGUGAACUCGCCGCUUUCUAUACGCCAGAGCAAUUGCCUACUCCUCCGUCCCCGGCGCAGCAGCAGGAGGCUUCAAGAACAGAUAAUACUGAUGAGAACGUGAGACCGCAGAACUCUCACGAGGACGAAGCUAUCACGCAGCGCCGACAGCAAAUCACUCGCAUGCUGGAGCAUGUAGUAUUUCCAGCGCUUCGGGCCCGUCUUGUUGCCACGACACGACUUCUUCGGGGCGUUGUCGAGGUAGCAGAUCUCAAGGGCUUAUAUCGGGUGUUCGAGCGAUGUUAAACAUUCAUUACAGCUUUACUUUAGCAGAUCGAUUCUUUACUUGUAAUAUCGACAUUAUGCAAAGGGUUAUUUAGUGAUGGG